CCUAUGCAACAUAAAGAAUUAUCUCCAUUUGCGACCGUAUGAGAACAGAUAAAUAAUGUCAUUAAGCGCUUUAAGUAUUUUGAAAUAAUUUUAUUUUAAAUUUAUUUAUUGUUUCUUAAAAAUCAUGAUGUGAAAAAACUCUAAAUGUUAGAGUGGCUUUGGAAUUAAACCUUUAUUUUAAAAUGUCAUUAAUUUUACUGUUCACUACUUUAAGUAUUUUUGGUUGUGUUGGAAAAGUUUCUUCUUUCAAUGUGGCGGAUAUUUUUAAAAAUUCAUCAGUUUCAAGAGACAAAGCACUGUUUGUUGUAAAUGGAACUGAUAUUUUGUUACGCGGUGUGUCUAGCAACUGCUAUCAUUGUGUUGAAAAAACAUAUGGUGUGAUGCAUGAUGGAUGUAUCUCCCAAGUAGUUGAUACAACAUAUCCAUGGAACUAUUUUGUAAUAAAAAAAGAUUCCCUUAAAGAAUAUGCUGUUUGCAAUGGUUCUUAUCAUUUUGGGGAACAAGGAAUUUACCAGUUAGAUGUUAUUGAUGAUCAGCAAGAAAAGUUUUAUUGCAAUCAAAUCAAAAUUAUUAAAAAGCCAAGUUUUUCUAAUCUACCUUUGAUAGUGUUGUUUGCUGUUUUGGUAUCUUUAAUUAUUGUUCCUAAAGUUGGACUACUCAUUUACAGAUUUAUUUACCUCAAAGUUACAAGACACUUAAGUACUCCACGUCCCGGUUAUAUGUCAUUGGAUGGCAAUGAGAGCUCAGAGAGUUCUGCUCCUCACAGCACUGUUGAUUAUAUCAAUAAACCAAUUAAAAGGAAUAGAGUAAAGUCCAUAGACACAUUUCGAGGUAUCAGUAUAGCUGUUAUGAUAUUUGUUAAUUAUGGUGGCGGUGGCUAUUACUUUUUCAGUCAUUCAUCAUGGAAUGGGCUCACUGUAGCAGACUUGUUAUUUCCUUGGUUUAUUUUUAUUAUGGGUUCAUCUAUCUAUAUUUCAAUGCACUCUUUACGAAAGAAGUUAUCUAAAAGAAAAAUGACAGUUAAAAUUAUUUAUCGUUCAUUCAAGCUUUUACUUCUUGGAUUAUUUCUGAAUAAUGGAUUUGAUUUAGCCAAUUGGAGAUUGCCAGGUGUUCUCCAGCGGUUUGCUAUUUCUUAUUUUGUUGUUGCAUUAGUUUUUUUAUGGUUCGAUUCCCCUAAUGAAGAAUCAGAGACUAAUUCUUGGAAAAAUAUGUUUCGUGAUGUUUGGUUUCCUUUUCAACAUAUUGUUAUGCUUUUAUUGUUAACUAUUUAUUUGCUAAUUAUAUAUCUUUUAAAUGUGCCUGGUUGCCCAAAGGGUUAUUUUGGACCAGGCGGUGAUGGUGAUCACGGUGCUUAUGAGAAAUGCACUGGAGGAGCAUCAGGUUAUGUGGAUAGAACUGUAUUUGGUUUAAAUCAUAUAUAUAAAAACCCAACUUGUAAGAGUUUGUAUAACUGCUUUACAUAUGACCCUGAAGGGUUGCUGGGCACAAUACCAUCAAUUUUGUUGACUUACUUAGGGCUGCAGGCUGCACGAACUUUGUUGUUUUACAAAAGCAAAAAUGGGCAUAUCAUUCGUUGGUUUAUUUGGUCUGUUUUACUGGGUGCAUUAGCUGUUGGACUUUGUGGUGGAACACUGAAUGAUGGUGCAAUACCAAUUAAUAAGAAUUUGUGGUCUUUAUCAUAUAUAUUUGCCAUGGGAUCUACAGCGUAUCUUUUGCUUUUGAUUUGCUAUGUUUUAGUAGAUGUUCUAAAAUGGUGGAAUGGUGCUCCAUUUUAUUAUGCAGGAAUGAAUUCGAUUCUUUUAUACUGUGGUCAUGAGAUAUUUGAAAAUUACUUUCCAUUUAAUUUCAAAAAUGAUGAUUCUCAUGCUCAAUUGACUAUCCGUUGUUCUGUUGGCACUGGUGUCUGGUUAAUUGUAUCUUAUGUUUGUUAUUUGCAAAAAAUUUAUCUUAAAUUGUAAUUUAUAAAUGAAUUUGACAUUUAAAUAUAAACAAGUCAAGACAAUGAAAAAUUGUUCAUAAGUUUAACAAUUUUAAAUAACUACAUCAGAUAUUGUUUUUACAACAUACAUUAUUAUAUAUUAAGUAUUGUUGUUACACAUC